AUGUCUUUUAUCGUGCAAUGUCUACAAGGCAUAGUCUCGGCGAUAAUAUUGAACAUCUUUAUGACGGUUUUGUUCAUCUUAUCAUUAUGGCACAAUUAUGUUACUGUGCAUAUAAAAAAACGUGUUGACCCAAGAGAUACCAGAAGUUCUAAAACAAGUAUCAACGAACCGAAGAAUAAAGCAUAUAAAUCCUCGAAGUACAGUAAACAAAGGAAGCCAUCUGUCUCAUCUGUGUCAUCUGAAACUCCAUUGGAUUCAGAGAAUGAACGAAUGAGUAAUAUUGAGUACGACCAUACAAUAACAUCACUUGCAUCCGCACCACACCCGACUUUAAUCGAAGGGGCUAAUCAAACAAGCAACCCUUUUCCUGACAUUUUACUUGCAGAAGACCAUAAAUUAGUGGCAGAUCUGAGUUAUUAUUAUAACCAAUAUGACAUUGAGAUAGAAACUUUUGAAGUAGAGACGGAUGAUGGAUUUAUUAUUGACUUAUGGCAUUUGAAGUCAUCCAAACAACAAGAGAGAGACAUAUCUCGUCGUCCUAUCUUAAUGCUGCAUGGGCUUUUGCAAAGCAGUGGAGCAUUUGCAUCCGGUGGUAGAAAAUCGUUGGCAUAUUUUUUACACGAAUCUGGAUUCGAUAUCUGGUUAGGAAAUAAUCGCUGUGGAUUAAAAGCUAAAUGGAAUAUGGAGAAGGUUGGCACCCCAGCUAAGAAAUGGGAUUGGGAUUUGAAUGAAAUGGUAAAGUAUGAUUUAAAAGCAUUAAUAGAAAAAACGUUAUCAGAGACUAAUUUCGAAAAGUUAACCCUCAUAUCUCACUCACAAGGGACUACUCAAGGAUUUAUGGGAUUAAUAAAUGGAGAAGAACUGUAUGAUAAGGAUUUCAAAUUAAUCGACAAACUAGAUAACUAUAUCGCUUUAGCACCGGCUAUAUAUCCGGGCCCUCUAUUGGACGAGAAAGGAUUUGUACGAUUUAUGGCAAUGGGUAUAGAUAGUCCCUGGGUUUUUGGAACUAAAUCAUUUAUCCCUCUAAUGAUGACAAUGAGGUCAAUCAUGCUUGGUACUAAACUAUACUCUUUCCUUUCAUAUAUCAUGUUCAAUUACCUGUUUGACUGGAACGAUAUCCUAUGGGAUAGGCCGUUAAGAAAUCGACAUUUCUUGUUCUCUCCAGUUCAUAUAUCAGUCAAACUGAUGGAAUGGUGGCUGAGUCCAAAGCCUAGUAAAACUAGUUUCAAAAAUGGGGCUGGAAGGAUGUUUCCAGAUAACAAAGUAUGGUUUCCUGUUGCUGAUUCUGGUACAGCAGCUCACGGUAGAUCCGUCGAGAACCAUUUGAAUAUGAAGAGAGACACUGAUGUAGAAUACCCUUAUAUCAUGAUGUUCAUCCCAAGACAGGAUAGACUGGUCGAUGGGGAAAGAUUAAUUAACCACUUUAUCCAUAAUGAAAAGCACUCCUUAUUCAAAAUAUGGUACAUUGACGAAUACUCUCAUUUAGACGUCCUUUGGGCUCAUGAUGUUAUUGAAAGGAUUGGAAAACCUAUCGUAGAAAAUCUACGUUUUCCUCAACAAACAAUAUAG